GUCAUCGUUUCCGUAAAUGGGUUUUAGCAUUACGAAAACGGUUGGCCUGCAUGCAUAUUUCAUAGCUGUUGGUAGUGAUUUCUGGCAUUAGAGGUUGGCGAAGUCGAUAAACUGGCAUUCUGCCACACAAAGUAGGCUACUCGCCGUUCAUAGCCUAUGGGAAGUUAAGAGUGAAGCAACCACUGAGAGAGAACGCUACGCCCAGUUACAUGUUCUUCGGUGAAAGCCUCCCACAAACAGGGCGAGACUCCAUUCCAAUGUUUCGCCUACUGGCAGCGUAGUCCUUCAACAAAGGAGGCUCGUUCCGUCGCAAACCACCAAUACUUUAAAACAACAAUAUACAUUUAAACUGCGAUUCUUAAAGUGGUACAUAUUUAAUAAUGCACUCCGGGUCCUUGGAAAAAGUGGGGACACCGAGAAAACGGACUCUUUCUCGGGGAAUGAGUGAAGAUGAGUCCCUUCGGCACUUAAUCAAAGAGGCAGAGGGUUCCGCCAAGCGCCUAACCCGCACCGACAGCAAAUUGGGCUCCCUCAAGAAGCCGCCCCAGGGAGAAAAGCAGGCCGAAGAGGACCCGAUCAAUCAUUUCCCAGAAAUGCUGGACCUGCAGGAGAGCUACGACGAGGUGGUGCAGGAGCUGCGGGGGCUGGAGGUCCAGCGGGAGACGCUGUUUUUCCAGGUGGACUGUCUGCAGGACGCCCUGGAGGGAGCCGAGGAGAUGCUGGCGGAGGCGCGGCGAGAAGCGGACAGCGCCAACGAGGAGCUGGAGCGCGAGCGCCAGGCGAAGAGGCGGCUGGAGGAGUCGGUGGACUCGUUGAAGGAAAUGGUGGGCGCGCUCACGGAGGAAAUCCAGAGGCUUAAAGAGGAGCGGUUUGCCAUACCAACGGUGCCGGUGUACGCCUUGGUAACGGACAGUAGACCGGAAGAGGAAGGGGAGGAGAAACGGGAGGGGGCCAGAGAGGAAGACCGCAAGGAAGACAGGAGAAAGGAGGAGGAGCCGGAGGUGGCGGUGGACGCGCUGGAGGAGGCCAGCGAGUGGGUGGACGCCCCCGACGCCCCGCUCACCCUCGUGCGGCUGGACAGCGCCCCGAGCCCCCCGGUCCCCGGGCCCCGGGAGGGGGAGGCCGAGACCACGGCGGGGGGCAUCCUGGCGUCCUUCUUCAGGAAGGGGAGGGAGGAGCAGCCCGCCGAGGGGGGGCGCCCCGCUCUCCAGGCCGCCCGCCUCGGGUCGUCGGUGGACUCGGAGGACGGCCAGGCGAGCGGGGAGGGCGAGAGCCCCGGCCCUCUGAUCAAGAUCCAGAGGAUGUUCACCAAGACCUUCGGCCAGCCGGCCGCCGCGCAGGACGAGGCGCUCUCCCGCGAGGGCGGGGCCCCCCGGGGGGCGGAGCCUCUCCCGGGGCUGGCCGACGGCCUCGCCGGAGAGACCCCGAUGUCCACGCCCGACGAAUUCCCGCAAACCGUGCCGGGCUUGGGGUGGGCCCCUCCCCAGCAGGACGUCCCGGGCGAGGACCGGCAGGGCUCCGAAAGCGGGGGCGAGGACGGCGCCCGCCCGCCGGGGGAUCCGCUCGGCCCGAGAGACGGCGCCGAGCCCGGGAGCCCAAAGAGCCCCGACUCCUGCGUGGUGUCGUGAGCGCAGCGCUAGCGCUAGCGCCCGGCCCGCGCGUCGCGGCGCAGUUAACGGAAGGCCCCUCGGAGACCCGCUCAGCCACUCCUCCCACCGUCAGGCCCGUGGAACUCCAGAAAUGGUGGCACCGCGUUCUUUGCCGUUUCCUCCUCAGGCGCACACAAUAGAAUCCCAGUUUUGCACUUCAGUCUUGUCGGAAGGAAUGUGCAAACAAGCACACACACACACACACACACACACAAACACACGUGCGCGCACAUGCAUACAUUCUGUUCCCUCACUGGUGUGGGCUAUUAGUCACUGAGGAUCAUUCCCAGCAAUGACACAGUCACUCGCUUUGUACGAAAAAAAAUGCGCAGACACACCAGUGUACACAUUCGUGUUUUUUUUUCCCACGUUCACGUUUUUUUUCAGGGUCAAGCACUGCUGCACAUUCUGUGCCCUUGCGAUAUUUAGUUUUUACGAAAUUCCAUAGAUUAAGAAGAGGAAUAACUUUGUGCAUAAUGCGCAUAACUAGGUGGAGAGUACUGGCUGGAAUUACAGAGCUCAGCCACAGUAAGGUUUAGCAUGUCAGGACACACACGGCUGCUAUCGAACUACUGAACAGUCAGGUCUUACGUUAACAUUGCUGGGCAGUGUUCAUUUUAUGGUCUGUGUUAAGGUUAACCUAAUACAUUAAACUAUUGGCUAGCGUGAUAAAAUAUCUACUGUAAGUAGGUUGAAACACUGUGUUAAGUUUUGAGGCACAGUUAAGAGUUACAUUUUCUCUUUUCUCAAAGUGACCUUGGAUGGAAAUGAAAUGUUUGUAUGCUUCAAUUGCUGGUUGGACGGCGCGGUCUUUAAAGAGGGAGCUUUUAAGUUUUAGCGUCAGCAAAUCAUAUCAUGUGCCUUAUUGUUUCUGGACAUGAAUUAGGUUGAAUUCCUAAUUCAUGUCCAGGGACAUUAUCCAAAUAUUUGUGCUGUCAUUGUGUCGUCUGUGUUGACACACAUGGUUCAGACUGGUAACCCAUCAUUUGUUUUUAGCAAUUUUUGCAUUCCGCAGUUUACUUAGUGGUACACUUACUAAACUUCAUAACUGCUUUCACCCUACAGACGUUAUCGUAUUUUAGUUUGCUAAUUUGUUAGGUUGUUGGACACUGAAAAGGGAGGGUCAACGUGCACAAGCUUGAAAAACACGUUUAUGCUGUCCACUUGAAAACAGGAUUUCCAGCACUAAGUGCACUAAACAUGUUACAUCUUUCAGAAUCACCGACACAAUCACAAACAUUGUUUACACCAAGUCAUUUAAGAACUGUAAGCAUACAUGUAUUUUAAACUGUAUUCUUUAAAGAAUAAAUAUUUUAUGUACAUAAAU